UUUCCUUCGUGUCUACCAAGACUAAGAAGAAAACAAUGGGUAUGUUGACGGUUUUUUCCCUCUUUUGUGCAUGGAGAGCAAGAAGAAAACCAGGAUAUUUUGAUGGUUUUUCACCUCUUCUGUCCAUGGAGAUAGAAAAGACAGCCAUCGAGUUGCGUUGUUCCCAAGUUUUUCUAGUAAACCUUCUCAUUCCUCGCUCACUGUUCGUAGGGUUUCUAGGGUUUCGUCAUUGUUCCGUUCCUUCAUUCGUAGGGUUUCUAGGGUUUCGCCAUUGUUCUGUUACUUCUUAAUUCGGCCUUCCAGGCUUCUAUCCAGUCCCCCAUGGCGGUUACCAAGCUUGAAAGAGAAGGGGCAUACGCUGAGAAGCGAUGCCGCGACGAAUUAGCUGCUCUGGAUAGGCAAAAGGCGGCGACUUGCACUAUGAUACAACAUUUGCAGGAACUGGUAGGCCUUUUUGAAAGCCGCCUCAAUAUUCUAGACCAGAUGAAAACGAGCCAUGCGAGUUCUUAUUACAAUGACUUAGUCUUGAGGAAUAUCGAAUUGGAAAAGCAGGAAAUGGUAGGUCGCAGAAAUUUCUGUCGGGCAAUCGAAGAAUUCGAGCGCAUCCGUCGGGAGACAGAGGUACCGACAUAUUCUUACCUUCCCCCUGCUAUAGUACUUACAGGGCUGCAAGAUUGAUCCUAAGGUCUUGUGUUAAAUCAUAUGGAAUUAAUCAUACUGUUUAGCUUCAAAUAGUUGAUAUGAAUAUGAGUAUUGUAUGUUUUCAGUUUAUGUAGAUGUUUGAUAUCUGGUAUUAAACUUGGUGUUGGAUCAUGCAAUAUGUAUGGAAUAUAUAAUUUUAUAAAUUAUGUCUUAUAUCCAAGUAUUAAACUUUGUGUUGGAUCAUGCAAUAUGUAUGGAAUAUAUAAUCUUAUAAAUUAUGUCUUAUAUUUUGAGUUCUUUGGAUUUAUAAA